AUGAUCGGCAAGGGCAGUUUCGCCAAAGUUUAUUUGGCUACUUCAAAUGGAUAGUCAUAUGCUAUAAAAGCAUUUAGCAAGCAAUUCAUUAAUGAACAACUGAAGGGCAAAGAAAGUCUACUUAACGAAAUGCAAGUUAUGAGAGCCAUCAAACAUCCUAAUAUUGUAUAAUUAUUAGAAGUACAUGAAACAUAGAAUUCAAUCUAUUUCGUUUUGGAAUUAGUUGUUGGAGGGGAAUUGCUCUAAAGAGUAAAGGAGAAAGGAUUAUUGAAAUCUGAUGAUCUGAUUAAAAUUGCAUUUAAUUUACUAAGUGCUUUGGAUCAUUUGCACUAAAAGAAAAUAUUCCAUAGAGAUUUGAAACCUGAAAAUUUGCUAUUAAAAACUAAAGAGGAUAAUUACAACAUUAUGAUUGCAGACUUUGGUUUAGCAGCCUUCUCUGAUUAGGAGUUGAUAUUCAAAAGAUGUGGAACUCCAGGUUUUGUUGCUCCAGAAAUCUUACUCUAUAUUGAUGGAGGACCAAUUUAUGAUACUAAAUGCGAUAUUUUCAGUGCUGGUGUCAUCUUGUACAUUUUAAUUACUGGUAAAUAACCAUUUCCUGGAUAAGAUCAAAAUGCCAUUUCUAAGGCUACUAAAGCUUAUUAAAUUGAUUUUGGAUUGCCUGCCUUUUUGAAGACUCCACUUGAAUUUUAAGAUUUAGUAAAAAAGAUGUUGUCGAACAAGAUCAGUGAUAGACCUACUGCAUAAGAUUGCUUAAAACAUAAACUAUUUGCUAAAAUAUCUUAAUAAUUUAAGCAAGAUUAAUAUGAAUUGGAGGAAUAACAAUAAUAGGUUUUGAACAAUCUGGCCAGUUAUGACUUGGAAUAUACAAUUGGUUUAAAGAACAAUACUCAAAAUUCGGAGGAUUUAGUAGGAUCGCAGCAAUUGCAAUGGCGAAAACCAGCAUAUAAUGGUAAUGUUUAGACUGUGGAAACCUUAACUAACUGUUCCACCGUUUCCAUCAAAUAAAUUGAUGCCUAAUCCACUUCUUAGUCCUAAUAAUAAAAACAACCUUAAUAAUCUAAAUUCAGUAUUUUCAGUGCUAAGUUAUCAAGAUAAAAUAGUUUUGAUGGAGGAACUGAUAUGUUCAAAGAUUGUGCAUCUCCUGGUAGAAGUAAGAUAUCAAAAGAGAAGGAUUUACAUAAGAUUGCAUUGAAAAACUCUUUUCGAUUUUACUAAAAACCAUAAUUGUAAGUGGAAGACAAUCAAAUCAACCAAGAACAAUCAGAGGUAAGUGAAUUGAUUAAAAGACAUAAUUCUAGUGAAUUGAUAAAAAUGAAUCGUACUGAUCAUGAAAUUUAAUCUCCCUAAAAAAGUUGAAUGAUAUAAAAUUAUAAAAAACUUAUUUAAUAUUUAAA